UAUAUUAUUAGGUUGUUAUAAUCUGAUAUUGGUCUGAAAUUUUCAAUUUUUCAAAAAAAGUUUAUGGACAUAGUAAUUGACAUUCAUGGGUAUUAUGGUUUAAAAAAUCAACCGUUUAUAAAAGAAUUAGCGAUUUUAAGCGUACAGGCCAAUAAUAGUAACGUUUUUAUUGAUAAACAUUGUUUAUUUACACCACCAUAUCGAUGGGAAUUAUUAUCAAAAUCUUGUCAAAAUGAUUAUUUACGAAUGUUUAAUAUUCAUGGUAUUCCUUGGCAACUAGGAUUUUUCAAAGCUGAUCUACAAGUAUCUAUUUUACGUAAUAAUAUAAAAAACGCUAAAUGUAUCUAUUUAUUUGACAAUAAUAUCAAGAAAUUUCUAUCUAAAAUCACUCGUAAAAUAAAUAAAAAACGUAUUUUAUGUUUAUCUAAAAGAGGUUUUUAUAUAAAAAUAAAUAAGUUUCAAACUCAAUGUAAUCAUCAUCAAUAUCCUAAAUAUAAUAAUUGUGCGUAUGAUAACGCAAUGAAAAUGCGAAGUUGGAUUAUUCAAAAAUUGUUAAAAAAAAAUAAAAAAAUAAAUAUUCCUCAUAUUCUGAAAGUAAAAAAAAAUAAACGAAAACUUAGUAAACUUAAAAGUAAACUUUCUUAUAAAUUAUCUUGUAGAUAACGUAAUAAAUUUAUUCAGUUUAUUAAAAUAUAUCACUUUUUAUUAGACAUUAAAAAUUUACAAUUUGAUGACAUCAUAUUAUAUAUAAAAAUGAAUCUCGUUAUUGAUUUUCACGGUUACAGAAUUUCUGAGCAUAAAAAUGUAUUGAAAGAAUUGGCAAUAGUAAGUUUAGAAACUGAUGGUAAUGAUGUAAUUAUUGAUAAGCAUUACUUAUUUAAACCGGCAUUAAAGUGGGAAAAUUUAUCUAAAGAUUAUCAAGAAACAUAUGCGAUGUUAUUUAAAGUACACGGAAUUUCAUGGAAGAAAGGUUCGUUAAAUUAUGAAUCGCAAAAAUCAAUUUUGAUUGAAAAUCUAAAGAAAGCUGCUUAUAUUUAUUUAUUUAAUUUUAAUUCAAAAGAAUUUUUGAACGAAAUAGUCGACAAUAUCGAAGAAUAUAAAAUUAUUUAUUUAAACGAUUUAGAUUAUUAUGAACACAAAGAUGAAUUUCAAACAAAAUGUAAAUAUCACAGAAAUAAAGAUAAAAACAAUUGUGCACGUGAUAAUGUACUUAAAAUGAGAGAUUGGAUUUUGUCAAACAGAUGCCUGGUUAAAAAUAACCAUACUAAUAAUCAACCUAACUGAUGUUAUUAAAAAAAAAA